AUGCUCCAGAGGUUCAGAGACUAUCUUCCAUUCAUCUCGGGCCAUCCAAGGGGAUUCAAGUCGGCGAUGGACACGGACGAGGCGCUCAAGAUUCUCUCCAUGGAGACUCGGUCCACAGACAUAAUGCAAAGAUACAUGCAGAUGAUGAGGAUCAACCAUCCAGAUAGAGGCGGAAGCCCGUACAUAGCAUCUAAGAUCAAUGAGGCAAAAAACCUACUGGCUGGGAGGAAGCUUGGCUCCUUCUGGGGCCCUUGA